AUGGAUGCUACUAGCGAUUUCAGCAAAGUUGGUGCAGUUAACAAUAAGGAUUUCAUCGAUGUAACGGAAGAGAUGGAAAAUGAAUUCCGGGAUUCUUACGAUGGGACCGAUACGCAACAAUUGAAAUUAAAUAAUGGUUCAACAGCUGAACGUGCCGAAGCGGCUUUCUUUGCUAUUUUCGAUGGACAUGCUGGUAGUGGUGCUGCAAUUAUGGCUUCGAACUGUCUUCAUGAGCAUAUUCGGAAUCGAUUAUGCCAAGUGCUUGAGACGAUAGUGCAUUUAGGCAGACAGGAAACAUUUUUUGGAUGUUACACAAGUUCACCGUCUUCCCAAGGCUUUACUAACAGUUGCAGUUCGCGCAGUGAAUAUCGCAGUGUCACCUGUAAUAGCCUAGUGGUUGGUGCUCUAGAGACGGCAUUCAUUGAUAUGGAUAGUCAAAUAGCAGAUGAAAAGCAACUGUGGAAAAUACGUGGUGGCUGCGCAGCUCUAGCAGCGUUAUUCUUCUUAGGUAAAGUAUAUGUUGCAAAUGCGGGUGAUUGUCGGGCAUUGUUAGUGACAACAAAUCACGUACAGCAAAUAAGCCAGGAUUUCACACCUGAGACGGAACGCAAACGCUUGCAAUUCCUUGCAUACAAACACCCAGAUUUGAUUGCCAAUAGCUUUACACGGUACGAAUACAGUCGUUUUCUAACAAAACGCGAUUUGAAAAGAAAGGUGCUUUAUCGCGACUGGUUUAUGGACGGAUGAUCAUGA